UGCGUCGCUCAUGUCUGCGUAUCGCCCAGUUUGUCACCUUCCAUCAAUAACUAUGUCGUUAUUAUUGAUCCCUUGACAAUCUCAACAAGCUUUUCCCCCCAUCAUUGUUUAUCUAAAGUUGUCUUGAAUAAUGAAUUGGGUCGGUGGUUCCAGGCACAGAAUUGGCCUUCGUACCGAGAGAAAAGUUCAGAAGGAAUAUUUUGAAAAGAAAAGGCAAAAUCGGAAAAUGAAUAAUUUCCGAUCACCAAAUAAAAAACAUGGUGUAAGUCAAGAUCUAAUUGCACUCCAUACUCUAAAUGCUGCUUAUCCUGGAUUUUUAAAAGAGAAAACCAAUCAAACAAAAAAGCUUAUUCGGAAGGUAGACAUUGAUAAAGGUAAACACCAGGUAAAACGGUUUCAAGAGAUCGAGUUACCUCAUUCACCAAUUGAAACUCCUUCAAAACUGUCUCUUGAGGAUGCUACUUCUUGGAACAUAAAUACCCAAUUUAUGCAAAGGAGCAAAAAAAACACUCAUUCAAGAAUAUCAACUGAAGAUGACAGUAUUAGAAGUAAAAGAGAAGUUUACAACAAAAAAGGGUUAAUGCCUGUUGUUUAUUCAGAAACUGACUACAGUUAUGCUACUGACUACAGUUAUGCUACUGACCACAGUAUAAGUGAAACAUACUCUUUUCCCAAAACUCAACUGUCGGGCUUUGCUGUAGUACCCACCCUUUGUAAGAAUGAAACGAUGGAACCUAUAGAAUCCUCAGAAUCUUCUUUCACAGAAGGUACUCAGCAUUAUUGGGAAAAUUCUGAAUUUCAAAAUACACAUCCAAGAUCUAAAUACACCUCACCGUUUAUCACUACACUCCAUCAGAUUAAAAUGUCCAAGAAAUACAGUCAUUCAAAUGGAUCCUCAUCUCCCCUAUCUCCUGCACGGCAAGUGAGUUAUCCUGUACCUACAAUCGGAAGAUCAUUCAGGCCAACUGCUCAGCUGGCCAGAACGAAGAAGGAAAUAGCCAUCAAUAAUUUCACUGAACUUCCUCACUCUCAAUUAUUGAAGAGUAUGUGCCCUAACCUGAAGAACAUAUCCUUCAUCAAGGAAGUGGUUAAGGGCCUUUCUUCCUGCAAGUGUGUUAGCAUUCAUCAAACUAAUGAGCUUUGGCAAAUACCUGUAUUUGAAAACCAGACCAAGGGGACUCGUUGUCAUGAAAGCCAAGAUAAAACAGAACCAGAAUAUCGCCGAAGAUGUGGAGUUGAGUUGGACCCCUGCACAAAAGACAAGCAGCACAUGGACAGUUGUAUCAGCCCGUCAAAUGCACCUGAGAACUCAACUGUUUCUCAGUUUUAUACAAACAGUCUUACAUGUCAAAUAGUGUCUCAGUCAAAAUUUAGUGAAGAGGUCUUCAACAAAGUGAAACCAUUAUUUUUAGAAAUAGACAGUAAUAUGAUGUCUCUGAGCCCUGUUAAUUCACACAUUCCUACUACUGAAGUGGAGGACACAGAAAAAGAUGGCAGCUACAAUUUCCUGAGUACUCCACCACCAAGUGAGAAAACCACAGAACAUCUCCAGUUAAAUGAAACAUCUCCGGAUCCCCAGCUGCCUACAGAGAAAGCUGACCAAACAGAAGUAAAUUAUGAGAAUCAGUGCAGCUCUGAAUUCAAAACUAACCAAACAGAAGUAAACUAUGAGGAUCAGUGCAGCUCUGAAUUCAAGGCAAAAAGUCAAGAGAGUGAGUAUUUAACUCCUUUAUCCUCACCACGAAUCGAUGCUCAAACUCAGACAGAUUUUCAACAGAAUGUUGUCGAUGCUUCUACAUCACCAAUUGUUUUCCCACAAACUGAUCAGAUGAUACAGUGUGAUAUUAUCAACUCUCACACAGAAUCGGCAGAUGUUGAAGUCUCAGAAGCAGCUACAUAACAACCUGUUUUAAAUCACUACAGAAUCCUGUUAACAGCCGUUCAUCUAUUCAAUGUGUUCUUUAAAUAUCAAUAUCUCACACAACAAAUCUUACUGACUUACUUUGCACUAGUUUCUGGUAACUUUAAAUAUUACUUUUCCAAAAUUACUCAGUUAUUUUGUGACAGAAAUAAAAUGUA